AGAAAAAAGUUUGUGCACAGUUUAUCACUGGCAGCAGCAGCACCACCACCACCACCUCAUACACACUCACGCUGGUGGAUAAAUCGUCAUAGGAGAGUGAUGAAAAUGCCAUCGCUUUGGUUAAAAAUCAAUAAGUGCCCAGUAAAAAUAUUUAAGAAAAUCAAUUUCUCAAAUAAGCUCUAACCUUCUCGUUCGGUUCGUUUGCGCUAGGCUGUGCACAGUCGGUGAGACAGACAGACAGAUAGACAGACAGCAGAGGCAGCCAGGCAGUCGGAAGCAAGGGAAGAAGGAAGAAAAAACCUACAUACAUAACCUUUCUGGGUGAAGAAAUCUUCGAGUGUUGGUUGGCUGGCCAACUAGGUGACAUAAAUGAGGAAGGAACUUUGCCAAUUUCUUCUCGUGUCUCGUUGUCUCGAAAGCCAGGAUAAGGAAAAACCCACUCAGCCGAGUUUGCACAGCAGUGCUGAAGAAAAACUCAUAGCUCCAAGCCCAGCGGGGAGCCAACAAUUUCUUAUAUUUCUCGAAUUUUUGUCAUAACCAAAAAAAUCAAAAAAAAAAUAAUAAGAAGAAAGAAAAAACCACGACGACGACGUAUAGACGAGAUUGGUGAAGAGCAAAGCGAAUAAAUGUGUGUGUAUAAGUGCGUGUGAGUGUGUAUGCCAAUGUGAAAGUGAGUGUGUUUUCCCCCCUCCGUUCGUGUGUGUGUCAUGUAUGUACAAAAAGUACAAUAACCGAAAAAUCAAGAAAAACGAGUCGAAGAAUCAGCGGUAGCACCAGCACGGAAUUCCCCCAAAAAAAAGCCAAAGAAAAUUUUGUACGCGUCGUAACAACGCAACCAAAAAAGAAAAAUUUAAUUCGCUUAAUAGUAGACGAACAAAAACGUCAAACGCCUUGGCCCCUAAACACGUAAAGUUAAUCCCUGGGUCGUGGUGGCCGCUCCACCACAAAACCAGCAAGCAAAAAAAUCUGAAAAGUCCAUUUUUUUCUCCAACUCCGCCAUGAGUUGAGUGUAAAAACAUGUUUGUCGCAUGGAUGUUAAUGUGUCAUCAUCAUCAUAAUACGCUCUGCUGCUCUUUGGUGUAACGCCUAAAAGUGUGCCAUACCAAACACAAAUAUAUAGAUAUAACUACACAUACAUACAUGCACACUAUGUACAUAUGUGUGUGCCGUUGCCCGAGUGAAAAACCCAACUCCCAACAACCCGACUAUUAGCCAGGAAUCACACAUUCACUGCUGCAUUAUUGAAACGAAAUCCCAAGUCCCUCCAUAGAUCUCAAACAUUUACUCUAGACUCUAGACACCAGCAACCAGACAAGCGACCGCUCGACCUACCUACCUACCUACCUACCAACUACCUACUACCUACCUACAUUGGACCAUGGCUUCAUCUCUCUUGGAUCUGGAUGACUUAAUAGAAUUUCAAUUGGAUCGCCUGAAAUUGGAAGAGCUCAGCUACAAGGAUGAGCUACAGCUGCAACGACAAUUGCUGGACCUGGAUGCACUGCAGUGUCCCCAGCGUAGGCACAAGCCAACACCAAUGGCCGCCACAAAAUCGGCCAAUCAACAACAUCAGGCCUUGCAGGUGCCGGAGGCUUCAUCUUGCAUCGAUUUGCCCUCAAGCUUCAUGGCCUCGGGCGGCGGUCAGGAGAUGGCUACGGCGACAGCGACCGGGGCCAUAGCCCGCACCAGCAGUCGCAAAAGCCGGGCCAGUGCCAACGGUGUGGGUGGCAGUGUACAAAAUAUCACCAAUGGCAGCAUAGAAAUAGCAAUGGAAGAGUUGGGUGCCACCGGCGGCGUUGGAGCCAUCAAUCUGCGUAACUGUCACAGUUUCAGCGAUAGUGAAGACGAUGGCCUUGCAUUGGAUCAACAAAAGGAAUUUCGAUCGUUGGUUAUUGAAUGGUUUCAACAACUCCGCGCCAGAACUGAGGAUUUCAAAUCGGACGAAGAAUCGAGAAGGAUGCGAGAAGCCGGCAAUGAUUCCUAUCGCAAAGAAAGACAUGCUCUCAAAGCCUGUGACCUCUAUACGGAAGCAAUAUUUUUGGCGCCAUCGCAAGAUAGUAUAGCAGCCGCCAUGGCGCACGCAAAUAGGUCCACAGUAUUGCAUGACUGCGGCAUGUAUGAGCAAGCGUAUGAUGACUGUUUGUGUGCUUUGGAUUUGGGUUAUCCGGAGGAGUAUCAUCCAUUGAUUAAACUGCGUCAAGCCUCUUGUGCCUUAAAAAUGCGUAAUUUCGGUUUGUGCGAACAGCAUUUGCAUGAACUGUUACACAUGGAACUCUCGGAGACGUUUGAGGCUCGUACCCAUGAGCUGUGGCAUGAGUGUGAGGUGCUCAAGGCCGAGAAAAUCGAGAUGGGAGUUCAGACCGACAACGACUUAAUAAGUAACGGUACCAAAAUCUAUGAAGUUGCAUGGCUGGAUAAUACGAAUGUCAUAACCACUACGAAAAGCGCCUAUCUGAGGGCCAUCACCAAUAUACCCAACAACACGCCCAUCUUUCAGGAGGAAGCCGCCGUUUUUGUACCCAGCGGAGCGGCGAGGGUGUGCGAUCAUUGCGGCAUCACCCAAUUCGUUCCGUUUCCAUGCAUUUUCUGCUCCAAUCGUACAGCCGUCUACUGUUCACGCAAGUGCCGUGCGGCACACGCUUCCAUACACGCUCUCGAAUGCUAUGCUCAUCAAAUCGAACUCUUCGAGGAGUUCGGCGUGGAGUUCUCAAAGCCUCGUCUGCUGCAGCUCGCCUUUCGCAUGCUCAUCAACGGCUUGCCACAGGUGGUGCCACAUUGCCGCAAAAAGCCGACGGUCAGCAAAAUGUGGAGCGCCUUCAACAGCAUCCUCACCGAACGCAACUGCAACUCUUCGUCCACCUCGUUAGCUGCCUCGUCGACCUCCUACUCAGCACUGCUGCGCCUCGAAUCGCACCUAGAUAAAGAGGAGAAACCGAGCAUGGUCUCCUUUGCUAUUGUCGCACACAUACUCGCCAUCUAUUUGGGCGAAUAUACCGAUUUCUUCGAGCUCCUCGAGCUGACAAUGCCCGCUGCAGCAAAGCUCACGCGCCAGGAAUGGGAAUUGCUCGCGUCGGCUUUGCUGUUGCGCCACAUCUGUCAGCUGCGGCACAAAAAUCUGAUACACUGCCCAUCAUUUGUGCUGCCCGCCGAUCCUCAUGUCCUCUCGCCCAACGAUGAGUUCUCGCUCUGGGAGACGGUGCGACACGUGCGUCGCGGCUAUCUCCAUCUGAUAGCCGGCGAUGUAACGACCGUAGCCUAUGCGGUAUUCCCCCAGACGCUGAGCCACUGCCGCCACUCGUGUGCCGAUAUGAUCUACCGCAAAAUCAACGGCUGCAAACUGACCGCCUAUGCGACUAGUGAUAUACCCGCAGAUGCCUGUAUUUGCAAUUGCUUCGUGAGCGGGAACUACCGACAAUCGCUGUAUAGCCAUCGCAAACUGGAACUCUCUUCGCGUGGCAUCGAUUGCAAAUGCGACAAGUGUUUUCGUCCAUAUCCCGAUGAGGAUUUUCAUAAAUUUCAUCGUUACCGCUGUGAUAAUCCGAAUUGCAAACAAAUCUUUACGCCAUCAAAUCUGAAACGCACCCGUAACCUACAAUGGUGGAAGUCCGACUACUAUCGUCGACCGGAGAACAAUGGCUCCGAAUUGCUCGUCUGCACGGUAUGUGAUCAAACUCAGAAGCUCGAAUGGUUUUGGACCUUUACGGCGGCUCUAAUGGACUGUGAUACCAUCGAAGAACGUUGCAAACUGUAUGCGGCCAUUGAACGAGCCGAUGCGCAACUGGUGGAUACGCAUGAAUUGAAGGUGGCUCUAGCCCGUCAAUUAGUCGAACAAUGUUUGUUAAUACACAGAGAGGGUUCAAAGCAACUUGACGAAUGGGAGCUGAACAAACUGGGCUCGAUUAUGCGUAGUGCCCUACACAUAGUGGCCGCUCAACAUCGGGUCUUCAGUCUGGAGUAUGUGCAGCACAUGUCCUACUUCUGGGAUGUUAUGGCGCUGAGUAACUACAAGUGCGGCGACAAAGAGCUGAUGCAGAUGCUGCACGCCCUCGAGUUCAUACCCGAUGAGUUCAAGGAGAUAUUUAUCAACUACUAUGAAGACUUUAUUGCGCCGAAAUUCAUCGAAGAGAGCUAUGCAAAUAUACUGGAUACUGAAGUGUAAAAUCCAAAGUACUAAUCUCUCACCACCCACACACUCACAUACACACACACACACCCACAGCCAGUCCACCCUUUGACAUAACACAAGCAACAUGAGGAUCGCAAUCUCUAGACUCUAGAAAUUUACAUUUAAUGCUAUAACCAAAAAUUUAUAAAAAAAAAUCGAAAUUCACACUCAAAAAAUCUGUAAUAAGCAAUUCAAAGAAACAAAGACAAAAACCAAAUGAGGCAAAAACUAACAAAAAUUAACUCUCACCCACGUAUUUACACUCUCCCCAAGGAAGGAAAUCCAAGGUAUUUGCAAGGAGAAAA